UUUGCCGCCGGGGCACCCGAGGAGCAGGCGGGGUGCAGCCUGCAGCUCAGGCUUGGGGUUGUGGUGCGCCGCGCGAGGGACACGGCUCCGGAGGCGCCCCUGCCGGGUAGAGUUCCGCUCCGUGCCUUUGUCCAGGGCGAGGAAGGAGCCGGGAUGGCCUGGGCUCUGAAGCUGCCGCUGGCGGAUGAAGUGAUUGAGUCGGGGCUGGUGCAGGACUUUGAUGCUAGCCUGUCCGGCAUCGGCCAGGAACUGGGAGCUGGUGCUUAUAGCAUGAGUGAUGUCCUUGCGUUGCCCAUUUUUAAGCAAGAAGAGUCAAGUUUGCCUCUCGACAACGAGAAUGAAAUCCUGCCUUUUCAGUACGUGCUUUGUGCGGCCACCUCCCCAGCGGUGAAGCUCCACGAUGAAACCCUGACCUAUCUCAACCAAGGACAGUCUUAUGAAAUCCGAAUGUUAGACAAUAGGAAACUUGGAGAACUUCCAGAAAUCAAUGGCAAGUUGGUGAAGAGCAUAUUCCGGGUGGUGUUCCAUGACAGACGGUUGCAGUACACCGAGCACCAGCAACUGGAAGGCUGGAGGUGGAACCGGCCCGGAGACAGGAUUCUUGACAUAGAUAUCCCAAUGUCUGUGGGUAUAAUUGAUCCCAGGGCCAAUCCUACCCAGCUAAAUACAGUGGAGUUCCUGUGGGACCCAGCAAAGAGGACAUCUGUGUUUAUUCAGGUGCACUGCAUCAGCACGGAGUUCACAAUGAGGAAGCAUGGUGGAGAGAAGGGGGUGCCUUUCCGAGUACAAAUUGAUACCUUCAAGGAGAAUGAGAACGGGGAGUACACUGAGCACUUGCACUCCGCAAGCUGCCAGAUCAAAGUCUUCAAGCCUAAAGGUGCCGACAGAAAACAAAAAACAGACAGAGAGAAAAUGGAGAAACGAACACCUCAUGAAAAAGAGAAAUACCAACCUUCCUAUGAGACAACCAUACUUACAGAGUGUUCCCCAUGGCCUGAGAUCACCUAUGUCAACAAUUCCCCAUCACCUGGCUUCAACAGUUCCCAUAGCAGUUUCUUUCUUGGGGAAGGAAAUGGCUCACCAAACCAUCAGCCAGAGCCACCCCCUCCAGUCACUGACAACCUCUUGCCAACAACCACGCCUCAGGAAGCCCAGCAGUGGUUGCAUCGAAACCGGUUUUCCACGUUCACAAGGCUCUUCACCAACUUCUCAGGGGCAGAUUUGCUAAAACUAACUAGAGACGAUGUGAUCCAAAUCUGUGGCCCCGCAGAUGGGAUCAGACUUUUCAAUGCAUUAAAAGGCCGGAUGGUGCGUCCAAGGCUAACCAUUUAUGUCUGUCAGGGAUCGUUGCAGUUGAGGGAGCAGCAGCCGCCGCCGCCGCCGCCGCCACAGCAGAAGCAGGAAGACGGAGAUUCAGAUGGUACUUUCUUCGUAUACCAUGCUAUCUAUCUAGAAGAACUGACAGCUGCUGAAUUAACAGAAAAAAUUGCUCAGCUUUUCAGUAUUUCUCCUCACCAGAUCAGCCAGAUUUACAAGCAAGGGCCAACAGGAAUCCAUGUGCUCAUCAGUGAUGAGAUGAUACAGAACUUUCAGGAAGAAGCCUGUUUUAUUCUGGACACAAUGAAAGCAGAAACCAGUGACAGCUAUCACGUCAUUCUGAAGUAGGAGGAGCGUUCCACACUUGCUGGCUGCGGCUUCCUUCCUCUUGAUGGCUGCCCUUUGAAGGGGUCAUGACUGGAGACUGAAGGUCUUCUGGAACCCAGCUAUGUGAAUGUUGGAGGGGGCAUGCUGGGCGACCAGGCCCUGAAGUGGAAUCCCAGCCCCCUGUAUUGGCCCAAGCUGUGUGCCACCCUCAGAUCCUGCCAGACAUGGAGUUCAGCAACAGUCUGCUUAGUGCUGGCCCCUGUUGGAGACCAGUGUGGACUCCCAUCAUUAGGGAGUACAGAGGGCAGAGUGACAGUGGAGUGGUGGGCCGUUAAUCCUGUGAUAGAGAGCUCUUGCCGUUGUCCUUUCUUUUGGUUUGUUUGGUUUUUGUUUUUUUCCAUUUUGUUUUGUUUUCUGAGACAGUUUCUCUGUGUAGCCCUGGCUGUCCUGGAACUCACUCUGUAGACCAGGCUGGCCUCGAACUCACAGAGAUCUGCCUGCCUCUGCCAUGGAGUGCUUGUGUGCAUCACCACCCCCUGCCAUUUUUCUAAUGUGAAAGUGAGCGUCUGUAUCCAUAAGACAACGUCAU